CAUUUACUUAUAUUCAGUGUAAGCAAGCGUUAAGACUUUGCAUUCUUCAUCCCUCAAGAUGUGUUGUACUGAAGCAAUUACCAGAAUAAUACUUUUCGUGGUAAAUUUUGUAUGUUUACUUGUUGGAGUUGCAUUGUUAUCAAUUGGAGUAAUCUAUAUAGUGAACUAUACCCAAGUUACGGAAGCUAUUCCAGAGGAUUAUCAAACCAUCAAGUACAUACCAAUCACCUCUAUUGUGGUGGGUGCAAUAAUAUUUCUCAUAUCUUUCCUAGGAUGUUGUGGAACGCUUAAAAGUAACAUUUUCAUGCUCACAACCUAUGCGAGCAUUUUAGUAGUCAUCUUCUUAAUUCAAGUAGCUCUGGGCGUUUUUGGUUUAUUAAAAAUUAACGAUAACAACGAUUUAAAAACACAAGUUGAAGGACAAAUGAACAGCAUUUUCCUCAAAUACAACCAAACUAAAAAUGAUACGGAAGCCGUAGAUUUGAUUCAACAAAGUUUACAAUGCUGUGGUACUACAUCAUCUCAGUUUUGGCCUACAGCAGCAAUUCCACAAAGUUGCUAUUCGGAAGAUAAUCAAUUAUUCGAAAAGGGAUGUUCGGAAGUUAUGUUCAAUUACAUUGUGGCCUCUGUGAAGAUAAUUGCUAUUAUGGCAAUAGCUGUGUCAGUGACCGAAGUUUUAGUUGCUAUUUUGGCGUUGGCUUUGUCAAAUUGUAUCAGGAAUAAUCAAAGAAAAGGAGCUUAUUAUUAGAAUGCCUAGUUCAUUGAUUUAUUUUAAAUAAACUUGUUUUUACACAUAAUAAGGUGUUUC